UGAUUAAGCAACUGCAAAUGGUUUCUUUUACGAUUUCUUUGUUGUUAUAUUAAUUUCUUGAAUGCAGAUGUUUCUUUGUUUAAUUAUGAUAAACAUCUAUUGUAACACAUAUUUUCUUCACCAUUGAUCAUAAGUUGCUUGAUUGUUUAAUUUCUCAGAUAGUUUCAAUACAAGAAACCAACACACAUAUGGCUUGAAGUAUUUCCUGCCAGACUUUCUUGAUAAGUGCCAAAAAGAGUAGAAACUCCAUUACCGGUACGCUAUGUCAGUAAUUAGGGCGGCAGUGAUGGGGCGCUUCUCGCAUGUUCGGGCCUGGGUUCCUGCCAUAUGUACGGAGAUGCAGGCCUUUCUUGCUAUUGUGCUAAACAAGGGCCUGAUUAAGAAGUCGAGUAUUGCAAGCGACUCCGGUCAAAGAGGCCCUCACAGGAGACACAAUGGUUCGCAACUGUUCUGUCGAGGAACAUCUGAUUUCAAAACAUUCUGAGAUUUUUCCACGUGGAAGACAUGGACAGGAUUCCAACCAGAAAUAGCCCUUAUUAUAGGCCUGACUGCAGGUUCCGUCAAUUUUUGGAGUUUGUCAACCGGAUGUUUAUCAAUCAUUAUACACUGAGACAGAUUGAUAGUGUGGACGAGACGCUUGUAGCCACCAGAGGGCGCACCGGCAUGAUACAGUUUAUCCCUUCCAAGGCGGCAAAAUCCGCCGUGAAGUUCUGGGUCUUGGCUGAGAGCACCACGAGAUACAUACUUCACAUUAAGACGUAUCUCAGAAAGACCUACGAGCCCUCGCACACCAGUCUACAGGGUACCUAUGUUGUGAAAUCUCUUGAUGUCCAUGUGUCAACUCAUGGACCGUGGCUACCAGGUUGUCAAGGACAGCUUUUUCUGUAGCCUUGACCUAACUAAGCAGCUCAUGCAGCGUAGAACUUAUGUGACAGUGAGAUAUUCCAUUUUAGUUCAAGAUAUAUAACAUUAAAGUGAACAUGUCUUAUGUUUAAAUAGCUCAACAUGCCUGCAUGUACCUAUGCUUAUAUCGAAAUAAACUUUUUAUAACAUACGUUAUGUUUUGUUUAGAAAGGCAUUUAUGGCAUUCAUAUACUCUAAUGAGAUUGUUAUUGUUUUAUUUUUUACUCACUAAAGUAUGUUUUCAAUCAUUAUUGUUUUCAAGCAGUCAUUUAUUACUCACUCAAUAAAUGUGCUUUUUAACUAUAUAUACAAACUAGAGAUUACUUUUUAAAAAAGCGCUUGUCUCACCUAUUCUGUGGUCAUAGCUGAGAAAGAAUAAAUGAUGGACAUGAAAUUUGUAAUUUUGGACUGGAGACAAACUAACAGUGAAGUUUGGUUUAUUCACCCGUAUUAAAUAGU